AUGGGAAGAGUUGCUGUUGCUGGAGGCUCAUCAGGUCUCGGCCAGUUUCUGGACUACUGGGCAGCCCCUCGAAUCCCGACGUAUAUCGGUGCAGCAAACAUCCAAAUCGAUUCAGAAAAUAGGGUAGCUGUAAUUCCGGGCGAUGGAAACAAUCCCGUGGUCAUGACACAUUCUACUGAUGCGGCAAAGUUUACUGUCGCAUUGCUUGACCUUCCAUCUUGGAAGCGCAGACACUCCAUUAUCGGAAACCGCCUUACCCUCAAUGAAGCUGUUAAGCUGGCCGAAGAAGUCAUGGGCGUCAAGUUUGAUGUCAAGUAUUUCUCAAUUGAGGAUAUGAAGACAGGUAACAUUGAGCUUACUCCCAGUAUGAAAAAGAUGUUACCUGGUGUGAUGCAUGAGGGUUUAAAGGAUAUAUUGGCCAAGGCAGGUAUUGGAAUGGCCAAAGGAAAUGUUGAUAUUCAGGACAAAGAGGAUUUGACAGUCAUAUUUCCGAGCCUUGAAACACUUACAGUAAGACAAGUUUGGGAAGCGUGGAAGUAG